AUUGGUCGGUAUUUACGACAGAUGGUAAUUUACGGCAGCUGCUGUUGUAGCUUGUGGCAUGUGAGCAGUUUGUAGAUGUUUUUUGUUUUGAAUAGUCUCUAUAAAAUCAUAAGAAACAUCAUUAAAGAACAAAGGAUCCGUCAUGUUUAAGAGGAUCCUUCCCGCCUCUCCUAACUGGUACUCUUCCCGCUGCAGUGACGUCAGCAGCACGGGUUUGUUGGGAGUUGGAGCCAAAAACGUAAUUUACCUGAUUCAGGUGUCUGUCAGUGACUGCACGGUGGUGGGUGAACUGCUGGGCCACAGAGACCUGGUGUCAGGUUUCUCCUUCUGUCACCACCCAGCGCAAACCCAACUGUGUGCCAGCGCUUCCCACGACGGUACCAUUCGUUUCUGGGACUCUGACUCCAGAUCCUUCCUGAAGGAACAUGCGGCUCAUCAGAGUUCAGUUACAGCCAUUGACUGGUCUCCUUUGGACAAAAACCUGUUGGUCUCUGGAGAUGAGAAGGGAAUUAUGGUCUGUCACUGGUUCCACACUGGAGAGACCUGCAGCUUCUUCCCCGAACCAAGAACCAUCUUCUGCCUUAGCUGUUCUCCUCAUACCUGGAGCUGUGUUGCUGUUGGAUACAAAGAUGGGAUGAUCAUCCUGAUUGAUGUGAGUAAAAAGGGUCAUGUGACCAACCGUCUCCGUGGGCACGAUGAUGAGAUCCACUCUCUGGCCUGGUGUCCCCAGCUUGGUCUAGAUGCCCUCUGCUGUCCACCUGAGGACGGUGCAGUCACUAGAGGAGAGUCUCCAGCAGAGGGCAGAAUGGAGUCUUACUUAUCUUCUGGCAGCAAAGACCAGACUCUGAGGAUCUGGAACUCGGCUAACGGCAAAGCGGUGCUGACUUUGAAGCUUCCAUAUUUAAAGAGACGAGGUUCUGCUGUAGACCCAUCUAUCAAGGAGCGUCUGUGGCUCACCGUUCUGUGGAUGAAGAGCAGACCUGGGCAGGUUCUGUCCAGCUGCUUCAGCGGUGAGCUGCUGCAUUGGGACCUAAACCGAUCCGGAAAGCAGCGUUGGACUGUGUUGGGGACAUCGUCAGAGGGUCAGAACCACAGCCGGAUCGUCUUCAACAUGAGCUCAGUCUUGCUGCACAACAGGGAACUGCUGGUCAGCACCUCCAUGGACCGAGAGAUCAAGUGCUGGGACCUGUCCUGUCUGGACUGCUGCUGGACUCUUCCCACCCUGGGUGGGUUUGUCUACACACUGACCUUCUCUCCUGUAGGUGGUGCUAACUGUCUGGCACUAGGCGUCGGGGACAACAUGAUCCGAGUCUGGAACACGCUGUCCACCAAGAGCCAGUAUGAGACCAAGACCUUCUGGCAGGGAAUCAAGUCCAAAGUCACAGCGCUGGCCUGGCAUCCAAAGAAAGAAGGAACUCUGGCGUUCGGAACAGAUGACGGAAAAGUCGGAAUCUACGAAAUUUUUUCAAACAAGCCACCGCAGAUCUCCAGCUCCUAUCACAGGAAGACGGUAUACACACUGGCCUGGGGCCCCCCCGUCCCCCCAGUGACAUCAGUAGCAUCAGGAGAAAAGGUGUCCCUGUACAGCUGCGCAGGUGAAGGCAUCAUUUAUCAACACGACCCCACGAAACUGAACACAGACGCAAGUGACAUUGAUCAGCUGAUCAGAGAAACCAACAACAUCCAGCACAAGCUCCCUCCUCACAGCGACCUCUGCUGGAAGCCUGAUGGAAAAGUUCUGGCAGUUGGAAAUGAGGACGGUUCCAUAGACAUCUAUUUGUCUCCACGGUUACGGUUGCUGUGCAGCAUUCAGCAGCAUCACAAAAUCAUCAACUGUCUUCGCUGGCAUCCUGGCCACGCCCCCUCUGCUGAAGUCCAUGCCCUGUUGGCUUCAGGGUCAAGUAACGCUGUGGUCUUUGUUCACGAUCUGCACUCAGUCCUUGCCAAUCGUCCAGAACCUCCACCCGUUCUGACCGAACCAUUCCGUAAGCUAGCAGGUCACACGGCAAAAAUUACAGGUUUGGCCUGGAGUCCACAUCACGACGCCCAACUUGUCAGCGUGUCAUAUGAUGGUACAGCACAGGUGUGGGAUGUCCUGCAGGAAGUGGCUGUCGCUAACUACCGUGGUCACAUGGGUUACCUGCUGUGCGUGGACUGGUCUCCUGUUGAUCCAGACCUGGUCUGGACUGGAGGAAAGGACUUCACGGUUCAGGAGUGGAAUGUCUCAGAGCAGGAAUUCAGCAAACCGCCCAAAGGGAAGAAGCUGGUGGAGCUGAAAGAGAAGAAGAAGAUGAAGAAGAACAACAAGAAGUCUUCAGCCGUCAGGGGGGCGGAGCCAGAGGAAGAGAAGGUGCUGACAGCACAGGAAGUGUCAGGUGAUGAGGAGGAAGGUGAUGUCAGCUCUGCAGUCUCAGCUUCGUGUGAGACACAGAGAAAAACAUCAUCUUCAUCAUCAUCUUCAUCAUCAGCUGCUGCGAAGAUCAAAGAGAAAACAGACCCUGUGCUCCUGCAGCAGAAGAAGAAACCUCGUUCUCUUUUUCCUCUCACGUCUUCUCUCAACCACGGAGUCAGAGAAAAACUGCUGCAGGACUGUGUCACUUUGGCCAAGCUGCAACACUGGACCCACCAGGACCAGGACCAGGACCAGGACCACCAAGAGACUUUCAGAGACCUAAACCCAGUAGAGCAGUGGAGAGACCCGCCCCCCCAGGCUGCUAGAGCGCCCCCUACCACUGCUGCAGACUGUGUUCCAGGACAGGGAGACCUGGUCCACCUGGGUCUGUUCUCAGACAAAGCAGCUCUGCAGAGAAUGUUCACUUCUGAAGAGGACACUCACCUGGAGGCUGGACACUUUGACUGUGUGGUUUACCUGCGUCUGUGGUCUGGAGACCUGCAGGGGGCACUGCAGCUAGCCGCAGACAGAGGAGAGCUGAGUGACCACCUCCUGUCCUUGGCUCCUAUGGCCGGCUUCAAGACCUGGCAGCGGACCGUGGAUGUGUACGUUCAGCAGCUGUGUCGUCAGCAGAACUUCCUGAAGGCGGCGUCUCACCUGCUGUCACUAAAUCGAGUCUACGAGGCCCUGGAACUGUUGAAGACCCAUCGGUUCUACAGAGAAGCGGUGUGUCUGGCCAAGGCCCGUCUGUCUGAGAGCGACCCGCUUCUACAGCAGCUCUACAACUGUUGGGCCGCGGCGCUGGAGAAAGAUGGACAUUUCUCCUCGGCUGCUAAAUGCCUCCUGGCAGCCGGCGCCACUUUCGACGCGGCUAAAGUACUGAGCAGAAAGAGUGACGCGUCGUCGCUGCAGGCUGCGGCUGACGUGGCGAGAAUCUGCGGUGAAAUUGCUCUGGCACAGACGUUAGCACUGCGUUGUAGCAAAGAACUAAUGGUGACGCAAAAGUGGGUCGCGGCCCAAGAAGUUUUGAGGCCGUAUACCGCGCUGCUAGUCCAGCAGCUGAUCCUCGUCGUCACUGAGCUUCUCACCACGACACUGGAGGAGGCCGCCAUCGCCAUCGCACCGGGCGGUGUUCAUCACCAGUGGGCGUGUCACUUGACAGAACACGCCACCUUACUGGAGCGUGUGAAAGCAGUAUGGACGGAGCACUUUGGUGUGUCGCGGCAGUCGUCAGGACGCAGCGGUGCCGCGGCUCUCCUGCAGGAUCUCCAGUUGGUGGAGAGUCCGACUCUGUCCGUUAACUCCGCCCUCACUCAGGUUCUGAUGAUGACGUCAGUUCACCUGACCGCUGCCGUGCUCGGUUGGCUGCAGGACAACAGUGGUCAGCUGAUCACUGGACUGUGGCGAGCAGUGACAUCACUGACAGACGCAGGAAACUUCAGUGUGGCGGCUGCCGUCCUGAAAAGCCUGUUUCCUGAAGGCGCUGACAUCAGCAAACAACAGGAAACUCUUGGUGAUGCCGACGUCGCGGCCGUCGACAGUCUGCAGGCCAUCGUCCUUUACCAUCGUUUGUAUGAGCGCUGGUGGGCGUGUCCAAGACCGACUGAUACAAUCUUUGACCUAAGACAUGAUGUCAUCAGCUGCUCGGACAGAGACCAGCCCACUGAUGAUGUCAUCAGAAGGGACCUGUGUCUCCUUCUGUCGGAGCGUCACGCUGCCCUGCAGGCCAAUCAGAGGAGAGCACAUGAGAUCCAGCAGCAUCUGAGCGCCAUGGUAACGCAGCACAAACACAACAGACCCACAGAGCCGACAUCAGCAGCAGAGGAUUGUGGGAAAUGUGAAGACCAGGAGACGUUUCUGUCUCUGUCUCUCAAACUGACACAGACGCAGAGGAAGGUGGACCAAGCGACAGACGCUGUCAAGAUGUUUCCUCGUCCUGACGUGAUGGAGUGUUGCCUCCUCCUCCUCAACGCGUCCAGAUCUUUGUCCAUCUCCGAGGAGCUGCAAUUACAGGCUAAAGAGCUUCUGCAAAAAUACGCAACAAGUCCUCACCUGAUGAAGGCAUCACGGCGAUUCCUGACCUGAACACCAACACGUCUUCGCUAAGAUGAAGCGUCAUCUGUUGCCGAGCAGACUUCCAAGAAUUCACAGACUGCAACAAUGGAAACAUGAGAAAAUGUAAAAAAUUGGUAACAUUGUUUGGUAACAUUUUUGUUCACUCACUGGGGAAUAAAUAUAUUUGAAAAGAA